AACGUAUUUCCAUUGUGGUCCUCUGACCACAACCAUCUACUAUAACCGUCAUGGAUGAUGAACGAGUGGGGACCUUUGUGUCGUUGGACUAUGUCGUAUUCGCAUGUCUGUUCGUGGUCUCCUCAGGGAUAGGGGUGUUCUUCGCGGUGAAGGAGAGGAAGAACCCCUCAUCGGAGUUCCUGGUAGGGGGUCGUCAGAUGACCUUUGGUCCCGUGGCCCUGUCCCUCACCGCCAGCUUCAUGUCUGCUGUCACCGUGCUGGGGGCGCCCUCCGACGUCUACCGCUUUGGGGGGUCGUUCAUCCUCUUCGGCGUGGCCUACACCUUUGUGGUUAUCGCUACAGCUGAACUGUUUGUGCCGGUGUUCUACAGAUCGGGGAUCACGAGUACCUACGAGGUACUGUGCUUUUUUUAAUGAUUUCAUCUUUAUUUAAAAGGGGCAAUAUGGGAUUCUAACAACAACAAAGCCUGCCACCCCGCCAUACAUAAAUGUUUUGGUAAACAAACAUGGACGUAUCAAUCCCAGAUUUCACCUUUAACCUUUAUUUAACCAGAAGGUCCAGUUGAGGUCAGAAUAACUCUUUCUUUACCAAGGGAGACCUGGGCAAGAAGGGCGGCCUGACUCAAGGAUGGGAAACUGACGGCCCGCAGGCCACACCCAUUUGUAGGCCCACAGAUACAUUUUCCAAAGACAAAACAAAUAUAUAUAUAUAUAUAUAUGUUUUUAAAAAUGAUUACUCAGUCAGGGUCUUAACUUACUGUUGAGAGUUAGAAUAGAAGAAUACGUAAGGUGCAAUUUCUAAAUUUUGAUUGUGCACCAGCAGUUUUCUCUUGUUAUGUCAGUCACUGACAGUCACUCAAUUAGCCCAUGUCAGCUCCAUUCUUUUUAGAUUGGUAAAUUAGUCUAGCGGCCAGCUAUUUAAACUUGUAAUCAUGGUCAAACGACUGACUGGGGGGGGGCCCUUGAUUUUGUUAGUCACUCUCACUCAGAUAUCAUAUUAAAAACUUCAAACAUUUCUCUCCAACCUAUGGCAAAAUGUGUAGAAUUACAGGAAAUGAGCUGUAAAACUGCACAUUGUUCUCUCUGCCCCACGGCAAAAUUAGUACAAUUGCGUGAAAUGAGCUCAUACAUUAAUUUUAGUGCGACUUAAUUCGUAGGAAAAUACACACAUUUUUUUUGUGUGACUUCAUUCAUAGGAAAGUACAUUUUUGGGGGUGCAAACUUCAGAAUAAUCUUUUGAAAGUUAUUAGGGCAAUGAAUGGUGUUCUACACUGCCUUUUUUGUUUGUUGUGUCCCACAUUUAUUUAUAUAUAUAUAUUUAAAAAAAACGUGUUAACAACCCAGUAUUGUUAAUCAACCAGGUUGUUUCGCCCGGAAUAAAUAUAACAUAAUAGUAGCCUUACGUGGUUAUUUGUUUUAUUAACGCUGUUUGUUUUAUGCUGUUUGUUUUAUGCUUGUUUUCACAUAAUACUUUGGGAUACUGGUGCACUUGUAGUCAGAGAGGUCCUUUUUUCCUGUAGACAACAGUCGGCCUACAAGAUAUUCUUCACAACUCAUUUAAUAUUUCAUGGAGACUACAUUACACCAUUUUCUUCAUAAUGCAUUUUAAUACAAGGCUUCACUUUUUGGUGUACAUUACACCAUUUUCUUUCAUAAUGCAUUUUAUACAAGGCUAUGUCGAAUUUUAUUAGGGUGGCCAGAUUGGAGAAGAAAAUACAGAUCUUUCUGUUUUUUUUUUUUUUUUUGUGGUAUCGAUGAAGGUGUUUGAUUGGGGAAUGGGGAUACAUUAUUAUAAUGGAAAAAUAUAAUACACACACAAACACAUAUACACACACUCUCACUUUGUUUGUACUCAUGUUAUAGCCAACUCUUGACUUUCGUAUGUAUUAAAAUAUUUGUAUCUAGUUGUCAUGUAUUCAUUAUCUUUCACUGCUUAAAUAUUUGCAGUUUGCAUGUUUCAGUAAUGAUUAACAUGGUUAAAUAGUGGUAAAUCUCUGCUUGAUUUAGCUUUUGGUAUAUUAUAGUCCCCUGUAGCUCAGUUGGUAGAGCAUAGCGCUUGCAACGCCAGGGUUGUGGGUUCGUUUCCCACGGGGGGGUGGGGGGGGGGCAGUAUGAAAGAUGUAUGCACUCACUAACUGUAAGUCGUUUUAUCGUCUGCUAAAUGACUCAAAUGAUUUGGCAUUUUUAUACAUAUUCUGUAUUUCCACUGAAGAAAUAAAUAAUUCAUCAACACACUACUGUAAAGAAAUGGACACUACCUGUUAUAAAACAUAAAAUGCUCUCCAUAAAUAAGUGGUGGGAAAUGCUCAGUCUGAAGCCAUUUGGCUAUAGGUUUCACAGCCCUAUAAUAAUGAUACAAGAUAUAUCACCUUAAAAAGGGUUUAUUUACAACCUCUGGGUUAUAACACGUUGGGCAAAGUGGUAAAGGAGAGUUUGACAUAUAACCCCUAACUUGAGUUCGGUCUUCACCAAUGAGAACCAAGAGGGGUCCAGCUUCGUCCUUCAGGACUGGGAAAGGCCUCGAUUCUAGGCCGUAGAAAAUCCUUCAUCCAUCUCAUUAGAUGAAACCAGGAUGGGGAUCAACAGUGAUUCAAAGUACUGGUUUGCGUCCUAAAAAAAAAAAAGGAUAGUUGUGUUUUACUGCAUGACACACUUACAUUAUGUGUCCACCCAUAUGAUGUGGAUCAUUGUCAGGUUAUUUGAUGUAUGAGCUUCAAUAACACUUUAAACAGGUCGUUUGUAAAUGUGUAGAAUGUGUUUGUUUUAUGUAAAUUAGACAGUCACAGAUGAUUUUCUUCUGAAUAACUGGUCAGGGCACAACACUUUCCAUUCAGCUUCAGGCAACUUUGAUUGUAAGGCUUGAUCACACCUGUAGUGACUACUUCUAUCCGUCACCGCCCAUUGUUGCUCAUCCAUUGUUCACUAGAUAUAUCAACGUAAUUACACCCAACACAACGUUGAAAAACAGAACGCUUCCCACCGCUAGAUCACAUAACUAGACGUGAGCUGGACGUGAUCCCAACGCUGCCACCAAUGUAGCGGAAGAAAGUGAAAGCUGCAACAGGGACUCUGACCAGGGCAAAGAGAGCUCUAACGGCCGUUGCCAUGACAGCCUAAUAGUCCUCAUAUGCCUUGUCACAAUUGCCUCAGUAUAUAACAUGAUUGACACGACCGUAACAAUCAUCAUGGAAUGGCCUUGGUAAGUGGCAUAAGUGUAAGCCAACGUAAUUCAUUAUUGUACAUUAACCUGUUUAACUGCAUUGAUAUGGCUUAAUUGAUCACAGUCCAGACUCGUUAUAGUUGCAGAUACCAUGCAGUUGCACCAGGGGAAUUUAAAACCAAACAGACUAAUGUUUCCCCACAUUUAUUGAUGAAUUAAUUUCCCAUCAUGAAAAUGUAUCCCCAUUCCCCAAUCAAAUACCUUCAUCGAUGCCACAACAGCAAACAGACAAAUACAGUUUUUUACUCCAAUCUGGCAACCCUCAUAAAAUCCGACAUAGAACCAGUAUCCCAAAGUAUUAAGCGAAAACAAACAUAGAAACCAGUAUCCCAAAGUAUUAAGCGAAAACAAACAUAGAAAACAAUAUUGGCAUAAAAAAGGCUACUAUUACAUUAUAAGUCUUUCGGUGACAACCUGGUUGAUUAACAAUAUUGGGUUGUCAACACGUUUGUUUAAAAAUAUAAAUAUAUGUGGGACACAACAAAAAGGCAGUGUAGAACCCCAUUGCCCAAAAUGCAUUGCUCCAAUAGCUUUCAAAAGAUUGUUCCGAAGUUUGCCACCCAAAAAAUGUAUUUUUCUAUGAACGAAGUCGCACAAAAAUGUGUGUAUUUUCCUACGAAUUAUGUUGAACAAAAAUGUGUGUAUUUUCACACAAAUUAAGCCACACAAAAAUGCACAAACACUGGCUAAAUACUUUUUGUACAUAUUUGCACAAAUUGAGUGUGAGAAUACAGUGGGGGAAAAAAGUAUUUAGUCAGCCACCAAUUGUGCAAGUUCUCCCACUUAAAAAGAUGAGAGAGGCCUGUAAUUUUCAUCAUAGGUACACGUCAACUAUGACAGACAAAAUGAGAAAAAAUAUUCCAGGAAAUCACAUUGUAGAAUUUUAUAUGAAUUUAUUUGCAAAUUAUGGUGGAAAAUAAGUAUUUGGUCACCUACAAACAAGCAAGAUUUCUGGCUCUCACAGACCUGUAACUUCUUCUUUAAGAGGCUCCUCUGUCCUCCACUCGUUACCUGUAUUAAUGGCACCUGUUUGAACUUGUUAUCAGUAUAAAAGACACCAGAAACAAAAUUGUAGACCUGCACCAGGCUGGGAAGACUGAAUCUGCAAUAGUUAAGCAGCUUGGUUUGAAGAAAUCAAGUGUGGGAGCAAUUAUUAGGAAAUGGAAAACAUACAAGACCACUGAUAAUCUACGCAAGACCUCACCCCAUGGGGUCAAAAUGAUCACAAGAACGGUGAGCAAAAAUCCCAGAACCACACGGGGGGACCUAGUGAAUGACCUGCAGAGAGCUGGGACCAAAGUAACAAAGCCUACCAUCAGUAACACACUACGCCGCCAGGGACUCAAAUCCUGCAGUGCCAGACGUGUCCCCCUGCUUAAGCCAGUACAUGUCCAGACCCGUCUGAAGUUUGCUAGAGUGCAUUUGGAUGAUCCAGAAGAGGAUUGGGAGAAUGUCAUAUGGUCAGAUGAAACCAAAAUAGAACUUUUUGGUAAAAACUCAACUUGUCGUGUUUGGAGGACAAAGAAUGCUGAGUUGCAUCCAAAGAACACGAUAUCUACUGUGAAGCAUGGGGGUGGAAACAUCAUGCUUUGGGGCUGUUUUUCUGCAAAGGGACCAGGACGACUGAUCCGUGUAAAGGAAAGAAUGAAUGGGGCCAUGUAUCGUGAGAUUUUGAGUGAAAACCUCCUUCCAUCAGCAAGGGCAUUGAAGAUGAAACGUGGCUGGGUCUUUCAGCAUGACAAUGAUCCCAAACACACCGCCCGGGCAACGAAGGAGUGGCUUCGUAAGAAGCAUUUCAAGGUCCUGGAGUGGCCUAGCCAUCUCCAGAUCUCAACCCCAUAGAAAAUCUUUGGAGGGAGUUGAAAGUCCGUGUUGCCCAGCGACAGCCCCAAAACAUCACUGCUCUAGAGGAGAUCUGCAUGGAGGAAUGGGCCAAAAUACCAGCAACAGUGUGUGAAAACCUUGUGAAGACUUGCAGAAAACGUUUGACCUGUGUCAUUGCCAACAAAGGGUAUAUAACAAAGUAUUGAGAAACUUUUGUUAUUGACCAAAUACUUAUUUUCCACCAUAAUUUGCAAAUAAAUUCAUAAAAAAUCCUACAAUGUGAUUUUCUGGAUUAUUUUUUCUCAUUUUGUCUGUCAUAGUUGACGUGUACCUAUGAUGAAAAUUACAGGCCUCUCUCAUCUUUUUAAGUGGGAGAACUUGCACAAUUGGUGGCUGACUAAAUACUUUUUUCCCCCCACUGUAUGUUGAGACGGCAGCUGCAACGCUAAAUAUAAAGAAUACAUUUAGUCUAAUCUUUAUCCUAUAACGUUUUGCCUAUGGAGCGGACCCUCUCCACCUACUGGCUAUAUUCAGCUCUUGUUAAAUCUCUGAAUCUCAGCUCUUUCUCCAAUCUCAGAGGGGAAAGCUGUACGGGUUCACCUUUAGAUGACCUGAACAAAGGUGAAGCCGAAAAACUCUAGAUUGCACAUCCUGUUUCAGGUAAUUGCAUCAUCAAGGGUGGCCUCUGACUGUCUCUAAUACAGGUCCACCCUGACAGUGAGGCUUCAGCUGUCCAAAGGCAUUUUAUGGUAAACAGCAAGCAAAGCACACUAAUUACAUCCUCACAGGGUGGUCUCUGUCUGUCUGACUUUGAUAAAGGUUGAAUGUGAUGGGACUAAUAACAACAACUAAUAACAACAAGAUAACUAGUGUAAGACAUGCUGUGUCCAUAAUAAGUAUAUAGGUUAUAUAUUGUGAGCUUUUGUGAAAGAGCACAGUUAGAAAGAUAUGGCAUAUAGAAGCAUACCGGAUGGACAUCAUGAAAAUGAUCGGAGGAAGUUCAGGAGUAAAAACAAACAAAAUAUAAUUAUUGACUGUGUCCAUAAAAUGUAUAUAGUAUGUAUAAGCUGGAAGUAGAGGCCUAAGCAUUUUUGUUCACUAGUUUACUCCAAUUAGGGAGGGGAUGGUGGGGUUGGAAAGUAAUAAAGCGAAAUAUAUAUAUCUUUAAAGGAUAUGUAUGUAUAUAUAUAUGUAUAUAUAUGUGUAUAUGUAUGUAUGUGUAUGUAUGUGUGUAUAUAUAUAUAUAUAUAUAUAUAUAUAUAUAUAUAUAUAUAUAUAUAUAUAUAUAUAUAUAUAUAUAUAUGCGAGAGAAAAAAAAACAUAUGGGGGAUUGGAAGUGAUGCAGACAAUUACAUUGAUGGAAGUUACAAUCUAUCUGCAAUAUUAAAGCUGAUACUUAACAGUGAUGCCCUGAUACAGAUUAGAAACAGAUGCUUUGAACUAACAGUGAUGCCCUGAUGCAGAUUAGAAACAGAUGCUUUGAACUAACAGUGAUGCCCUGAUGCAGAUUAGAAACAGAUGCUUUGAACUAACAGUGAUGCCCUGAUGCAGAUUAGAAACAGAUGCUUUGAACUAACAGUGAUGCCCUGAUGCAGAUUAGAAAACAGAUGCUUUGAACUAACAGUGAUGCCCUGAUGCAGAUUAGAAACAGAUGCUUUGAACUAACAGUGAUGCCCUGAUGCAGAUUAGAAACAUAUGCUUUGAACUAACAGUGAUGCCCUGAUGCAGAUUAGAAACAGAUGCUUUGAACUCAGAACAAUUGUUUGUUAUCCACUGUUACUUUGAUCUAACAACAUCUGUGUGUGUGUGUGUGUGUGUGUGUGUGUGUGUGUGUGUGCGUGCGUGUGUGUGUGUGUGUGUUUGUUUGUGUGUGUGUGUUUGUGUGUGUUCUCUAGUAUUUAGAGAUGCGGUUCUGUAAGGGGGUCCGCAUGGCUGCCACUCUGAUUUAUAUUGUGCAGACGGUGAGUUUGUCUGGAAACACACAUGGCAUGUAGCUUUACCAUUCAGCAUUUUUUUUUCUUCCACAUAAACAAUGUCAACAAUGUCAACAAACAUUCAGGGGAUUAUCCAGUUAGAGUUGUUGUAUUUUCCUAGUGUUCCACUCUUGGUCUGUGUGUGUUUCUAUACAUUUCAGAUCUUAUACACAGGGGUGGUAGUGUAUGCUCCUGCCUUGGCCCUCAAUCAAGGUAUGUCAUUUUGCUCAGUGGUGCAGAAUUUACCACAUUGGGGCGGCAGGUAGCUUUAGUGGUUAAGAGCAUUGUGCCAGUAACCAAAAGGUCGCUGGUUCUAAUCCCCGAGCCGACUAGGUGAAAAAUCUGUCGGAUGUGCCCUUGAGCAAGGCACUUAACCCUAAUUGCUCCUGUAAGUCGCUCUGGAUAAGAGCGUCUGCUAAAAUGACUAAAAAUGUAAAUAACAAAUAUAAAACCAUUGUAAGCACAUGAGUUGAAUGCAAGUUCUUUAUUUCUAAAGAAUCUUUCUUUUUCUGAACCUUACAUUUCUUCCCACAGUCACUGGCUUCAACCUUUGGGGUUCUAUAUUCGCAACAGGCAUUGUGUGCACGUUCUACUGCACACUGGUGAGUUGGGUUGGGAUAACAGGCAUUGUGUGCACGUUCUACUGCACACUCUAUGACUAUAGAGUUCAUCCUUCUUCCUGACAUCAUGCAGGCAUCCUCUCUUACUGUGUUUCUGAAAGAGGAGCAGAGCACACCUGAAUAAAUAGUCUAGUAACAUAAACAGUGACAGUGUAAACGAAGCACCUCCCAGUCCCAGGUCAGGACGCGGGACAAUUCAGCUAUGCUAUACAGAGUGAUGGUCAUGUGGGGGAGGCUAGGUUAUGGUGUGGUGCUGAUGGAUGGUCUGUGGUAAUUAUCUCUGGUGUGUGUGUGUGUGUGUGUGUCCCUGCGUGUUUCUCUCUCUCUGCCUAUAUCGCAUAUAGAGCUGCGCGAGAUAUCUAUGCUAGAGAGAGCAGUAGCGCUCCUCUCUUAGGAGAUGCAGAGAUGCUCUCUCUCCCUCUCGUCUCUCUCCUCUCCAUCUCUCUCUCUCUCUCUUCUCUCCCUCUCCCUCCCUCCCUCCCUCCCUGUGAAGGGUGGGCUGAAGGCAGUGGUGUGGACAGAUGCGUUCCAGAUGGUGGUGAUGGUGGUGGGCUUCAUGACCGUGCUGGUCCAGGGGACACGGAAGACAGGGGGCGCAGCCUCCGUGUGGGAGGUGGCUAAGACGGGAAACAGACUCGACAUCUUUGAGUAAGUGCAGCCCACCACACUGAUGACAUCAUACUCUCCUCAGGUCUUGGUUUGUCAAUGGCUUUCACACAGACACUUCUAUUUGUACGUCAUACUGUCUAUUGAACACAAUGUAUUUGAAGGUGAAGUUUAGGUAUUAAAGGGAUAGUUAGACAUUAUUGUUGCCUUGUGCUGGACGUUGCUAAAUAAUCUGCUAGUGGACAUAAAAAGGUUUGGAUGAAAAAACAACACUAAACUAAACACUAAAAUUCACUAAAGUAAAUUGAAAAUAAGGUAAAACCUAAAGAAAAAGUGAGUGAAUUAUCCCUUUAAGUAGGGUGAUAGGUCACAGGUCAUAGGUUAAAGAUAAUGGUCAGGGUCGUAUUCACCAUAUGGAAGAAUGGGAGGGACUAUAUAUUUUUGUCCAACAAGAAACUCUUGUUCCAUUUUCCGUUGCAAAAAAACGUUUUGCUACGUUGUGCACUAAUGUAGGGGUUCUCAAACUGUUUUGGGGGCCCGGGGACCCCUUUUGUGAUAGACAAUUCAUCACGGACCCCCUCAUAAUCAGAACACACCCCGAGUGAGAUAAAAAUAGAAAGAGUUCUACUAUGAUUUUGGCAGUGCAUGGCCGGACCAACCGGUCUCGGGGGCCUGGGAAGGAACAUUUUAAAGGCUCAUGUCUUGGCAUUGGAGAGACAUUUUUCAAGCAAAUGUCCUGCGUUUUGCCAUGGAGCAGAGAGAAAACUUUGCGACCUUAAAGCUUUAAACUUUACAGUGCGUUUACGUAAAAAAAAAAAAAUCAUUUAUGGGAAUAAAAUAAGAACGAUUGAGUUGAUAAAAUGUAUAAUUGGUGGAGUACUGUGGAUACCAAUAUCCCUGUGAGCCUCUCAGGACCAUGUUGCGCAGGGUUAAUGCAGCAUUCACGUGCCAGUCGGAACCAGGAAACCCGGGAAAACUCAGACUGGCCAAUCAGCUGAGCCCCCCAGCCCCGACCAGCACACGAAUGCAACAUAAGAACAGAAAUUGUAGAUUCAUAUUACAUUGUAUUACACCCUCUAAACUUAUUUCACAGAUCCCUGGGACAAAAUUGGUUUAAUCUGUUGUUGUUAGUAAUAUUCAUAAAAAUAUAUAUGAUAUAUACACUGAGUAUACUAAACAUCAGGAACACCUUCCUAAUAUUGAGUUGCACUCCCCUUUGCCCUCAGAACAGCCUCAAUUCGUCGGGGCAUGGAGUCUAUAAGGUGUCGAAAAGCGUUCCACAGGGAUGCUGGCCCAUGUUGACUCCAAUGCUUCCCACAGUUGUGUCAAGUUGGGUGGAUGGCCAGCAGCGUUUGCAGUUCUUGACACAAACCGAUGCGCCUGCCACCUACUACCAUACCCAGUUGAAAGGCACUUCAAUGUUUUGUCUUGCCCAUUCACCCUCUGAAUGGCACACAUUACACAAUCCAUGUCUCAAUUGUCUCAAGGUUUAAACAUCCUUCUUUAACCUGUCUCCUCUCCUUCAUCUACACUGAUUUGAAGUGGAUUUAACAAGUGAAUAAAAGAUCAUAGCUUUCACCUUUAUUCACCUGGUCAGUCUAUGUCAUGGAAAGAGUGUAUAUAUUUUGAGAUCUGGCCGCGGACCCCCUGCAGUAACCAAAACCCUGCACUAAUGAAUACUACUCUAUGCCCUCAGCUUUGACCCAGACCCUCUGAGACGCCAUACGUUCUGGACCAUCUCUAUUGGGGGAACCUUUACCUGGCUGGGCAUCUACGGGGUUAACCAGUCAACUAUACAGAGAUGCAUCUCCUGCAAAACUGAGACACACGCCAGACUGUAAGCAUCUUCCGUCACUAAGACAUUUACCGUUUUCACACACCACUACUAAGCCGACCUGAGCUGUACUAAAACUGGCCUGGUUACGCAUUCCACCAUAGUUGAAACCGGUCCACCAUCCAGAUCCGACACGUGUUUUGGAGUCCACUCUAACAAGGCGCUUCUCUUUUUCGUGGUCGUUCGAGCCCGGAUCUGGACAACUGCACAAUAUACUGUAUACCUUUAUUAUGAAGAGUGUCUGUGUGGAGCAGACAGGAUGCUUCACAUCACUACCCAGUCUAGCUACCUUUGCCUGCUACCCAGUCUAGCUACCUUUGCCUGCUAGCCAGUCUAGCUACCUUUGCCUGCUAGCCAGUCUAGCUACCUUUGCCUGCUAGCCAGUCUAGCUACCUUUGCCUGCUAGCCAGUCUAGCUACCUUUGCCUGCUAGCCACGUGUCAAGGCUGUCUUACUGUACGGCACUUUGUGAUAGCGGUUGAUGUGAAAAGGGCUCUAUACAUAAAACAUUUUUUAAAAAAGAUUUUCAGUAGCAUUUGUCUGUCAUCCACUUCCCAGAGCUCUGUACUUCAACCUGCUGGGUCUGCUGGUCAUCCUGGUGUGUGCGGUGUUCUCCGGUCUCAUCAUGUAUGCUUUCUACGCCCACUGUGAUCCAUGGACCGCCCAGUCAGUCACAGCAGCAGACCAGGUUACUACUGCUGCUAUCCUUAAUGUCUCUGCUUGUCCCUUUAUAUUUACGUCAUUUAGCAGACGCUCUUAUCCAGAGCGACUUACAUGAGCAAUUAGGGUUAAGUGCCUUGCUCAAGGGCACAUCGACAGAUUUUUCACAUAGUCAGCUCGGGGAUUAGAACCGGCGACCUUUCGGUUACUGGCACAACGGUCUUAACCACUAAGCUACCUGCCGCCCGUUAUACAGCCACAGUAGCAGACCAGGGGUGGAAGCACAAAGCACCACUUUUCCCUAAAAGGUUGGUAUAUAUCAAAUUUGAACUCGACAGGAAAGUGUGCGUACCUCCACAUAAAUCUCAGACAACUUGUAGUGGUUGAAGAAUUGUAUUACAAUUAAAACAUUGUUCUUUUUGGGGGAAAUUGGAAGUGUUUGACGCACAGGAAUUAAAAAUAAUGGUAGGCUUAAUAAAAAACAUUAAAAUGUAGGCUAAUGAUAAAACAGAAGCAUAGCCUAAAAUAUUUAUUUUCAGUUUAUUAUAUGGGCCUAAAUCAUCAUCAUACGUUCUGACAUGACUGGUUUAUUCCCGCUACACAAUCAGUAUUAGACUACCAUUCAUUCAAUAGCCAAGCAAGGAAACAGACCGGUAGCCUAGACGGUAUGGUGGACUGCAGUAUAGACCGGUAGCGUAGACGGUAUGGUGGACUGCAGUAUAGACCGGUAGCGUAGACGGUAUGGUGGACUGCAGUAUUGACCGGUAGCGUAGACGGGAUGGUGGACUGCAGUAUAGACCGGUAGCCUAGACGGUAUGGUGGACUGCAGUAUUGACCGGUAGCCUAGACGGUAUGGUGGACUGCAGUAUAGACCGGUAGCCUAGACGGUAUGGUGGACUGCAGUAUUGACCGGUAGCCUAGACGGUAUGGUGGACUGCAGUAUAGACCGGUAGCCUAGACGGUAUGGUGGACUGCAGUAUUGACCGGUAGCCUAGACGGUAUGGUGGACUGCAGUAUAGACCGGUAGCGUAGACGGUAUGGUGGACUGCAGUAUUGACCGGUAGCCUAGACGGUAUGGUGGACUGCAGUAUAGACCGGUAGCCUAGACGGUAUGGUGGACUGCAGUAUAGACCGGUAGCGUAGACGGGAUGGUGGACUGCAGUAUAGACCGGUAGCCUAGACGGUAUGGUGGACUGCAGUAUAGACCGGUAGCCUAGACGGUAUGGUGGACUGCAGUAUAGACCGGUAGCCUAGACGGUACGGUGGACUGCAGUAUUGACCGGUAGCCUAGACGGUAUGGUGGACUGCAGUAUUGACCGGUAGCGUAGACGGGAUGGUGGACUGCAGUAUUGACCGGUAGCGUAGACGGUAUGGUGGACUGCAGUAUUGACCGGUAGCCUAGACGGUAUGGUGGACUGCAGUAUUGCUGUGACUGAGGAAGGAGAGUGACGUCACAGCCUUCUUAAUGUCAGAGCCUCUCUGAUUCAUCAAGGAAAACAUGCGUCUGAUUUAUCAAUGAAAACACAGCGUCCAUGUUGCAAUAAUUUGUGGCGCACGCAAAUCCUACAAUAUCCAUUUACACCGGAAUUUAGUAAGACAUUUAGGCACGGUUGAUAAAUGAGGCCCCUGGUUACCGUCUCUGGUUGCGUCCCAUAACACCCUAUUCCCUAUAUAAAGUAGUGCACUACUUUUGACCAAAAGCCUUAUUGACUCUGGUUAAAAGUAGUGCACUAUAAAGGCGAUAGGGUGUCAUUUGGUACUCAGUCUCUGUUCCAUUUCUAGCCCUAAUUCUACUCCCAUUCUAACGCUGUCACAGCCACAGACCAGGUUGCGGUCACUACCGUCCAAUCAGGGUGUCUUGUUCUAUAUCCAACCCUUAAUUCACAUCCGGUCAAUAGAGUCUGGGGUGAAAUUCCAUUUCAAUUCAGGAAGUGACUGAAUUGAAAUGGAAUUGACUCCAACCCUGGUGUCUAGUGACCUAAAUAGAUACAGUCUCCAGUGUUUGUGUCCAGGGCUCUGCUACCCAGUACUCAUGAACUUCAUCUCAUUUCUCUGCGGCUCAUGCCAUAACCUUUUUCACCCUGUCUCUCUGCAGCUUAUGCCGUAUUUUGUCAUGGAGAUUCUGGGGGAGUAUCCUGGACUUCCUGGGCUGUUUGUUGCCUGUGCCUUCAGCGGAACACUCAGGUUAAAGGAAUCACUGUGUGGAUCAUUUGAAACUUGUUUAAGGGUGGGUUUCCCAAAAGCCUUCGUAGCUAAAGUAGUAUGUUAUUUAGCUCCCAACAACGCAGCCACAAGCGAGUAAUUGUAAAAAUCAAGUGUUUGGAGGUCAAUCUUCAAUGCAUUUAAAAAAAAACAAGGCUUUGGAAAACCCAGCCCAGAAUUACAUUGUCUUGCCUUCAUUGCGCUCUAGCUAAAAGUUCAGUAUUUAUUAAGAGAUCUCAACUAAUUCCCUGUCUGUGCCCUCUCUCAGUACUGUGGCAGCCAGCAUCAACGCCCUAGCCACGGUGACCUAUGAAGACUUUGUUAAGCAGUGUUGUACUAACCUCUCCAACAAAGCCAGCGGCUGGAUCAGCAAAGGACUGUGUAAGAAUAACUCCCAGUUAUUACUAUAAUAGAGGCCAUAAAUUGGAGCCAAGCUUGUGCUGAAUAACGCCAACGUACACACUUUACAAUCUUCGCCUCUGCAGGUAUCGUGUUCGGCAUAGCCUGCACCACCAUGGCAGUUGCCGCAUCCUACAUGGGAGGGAUUGUACAGGUAACCACUGUCCCUGUUAGCGUGUGAAUGACUAAAGUACGUGCACAGAGCUGACGCCUAUGUGAUUAAUACGUCUUGCUGUGUGGUUCCCAGGCGGCUCUGAGUAUCCAUGGUAUGUGCGGCGGCCCCAUGCUGGGCCUCUUCUCUCUGGGAAUCAUCUUCCCCUGGACCAACUCUAUGGUCAGCAUAGAAAAACCUAUUCCAUCUUCUCCAUGGUCCUUCCAGACAGAUUAAGCCUGAUCCUGGACUAAGAAACUAUUUCACCAUUAAGAAUAAUGGAAUGAUUAAGAAUUAGGCUUAAUCCAAGAAACUGGUCCUGAAUGGUUACCAAAAACUCCACCUAAACACAAGCAAUUCUACAUACAUCUAUAGAAAUUCAGUUAUCAAGUAACUCAUUUAUAGAUGAUCAUCUUCCUUAAUUCAGUCCCGUGUGCUGUACUUGUUGUCUUCAGGGAGCAGCGGGUGGUCUGGUAGUGGGAAUCUCCCUGUCGUUCUGGGCAGGUGUUGGAGCGUUCAUCUACCCUGCUCUGGACAUCAACACCAGGCCUCUGUCUCUCAGCACAGAGGGAUGUGUUCAACCAAACUCAUCUGUCCACACCACCACUGAUCCACCUUCUUACCUGGACCCUUCCACUCUACCACCAAGGUACAGUACGGUCUCGGUCACCAGGGCCCUGUUCAGUAUGGAGAAAACGUAGCAAAACUAUUUUAACGGAAAAUGAAAAAUCUGUGUUGUUAUUGGACAAGUUCAGGCUGUGCCCGACCCUCUUCAAAAUAUUUUCAAAAAACGAUUUAUCCCGGCUGAACACAACCCACGUUUACUAAGAUCUCUUACAGAGCCCAUUGGACCAGACAUUUUGCCUCCAGAAUGAUGACUCAAAUAGUGCCAUGAUACACUGGAUGUAUUGUAUUCUGUACAGAACAGACCUCCCUUUAAUACAGAUGUAGGAUCUUAAUUUGAGCCAGUUUGCUACAGCAGGAAAAUCCUGCAGUAACAGGAAAUUUGAAUUAUUAUUUGGAUUAUAAUGAAUGGAUUUAUUUUGUAGGGGUUGAUACAUUUUAAAGUGGAAAUUACAAACUUUAGAAGCCUUUUUAAACAUUGAAUACACUAAAAGUGUGCAUUUCCUGCAGUGCAGAAAUCCUAGUUGGAGAAUAACAGAUUUCCUGUUUAUUCUAUUCUGACUCCGGGAAUUUUCCAACCAGGAUUUCUGAAAAACCUGGACAUUCUGGGAAAAUUACCAGAAUUUUGCAACCCUAACUACAAAUCAGUUGGAUGUAAGGUAUUGGAAAUAGGCUACAUUGUGACUCCUCUGUCCUCCACAGGUCACUUCUGGCUGAUCACUGGUACUCCAUGUCCUAUCUGUACUAUAGUGCUGUUGGAUUUCUAGCCACCGUUACUGCUGGCCUGCUUAUCUCCUUCAUCACAGGUACUGUGUGUCUGCAGCAUAGAUAUACAAUUAGAACACUAGAAUGGGAAUUUAUCAUACAAUUAGAACACUAGAAUGGGAAUUUAUCAUACAAUUAGAACACUAGAACGGGAAUUUAUCAUACAAUUAGAACACUAGAAUGGGAAUUUAUCAUACAAUUAGAACACUAGAAUGGGAAUUUAUCAUACAAUUAGAACACUAGAACGGGAAUUUAUCAUACAAUUAGAACACUAGAACGGGAAUUUAUCAUACAAUUAGAACACUAGAAUGGGAAUUUAUCAUACAAUUAGAACACUAGAAUGGGAAUUUAUCAUACAAUUAGAACACUAGAACGAGAAUUUAUCAUACAAUUAGAACACUAGAAUGGGAAUUUAUCAUACAAUUAGAACACUAGAAUGGGAAUUUAUCAUACAAUUAGAACACUAGAAUGGGAAUUUAUCAUUACAUACAUUGGAUGACAGAAUUAAAUAGAACAUUUUAAAACCGGCAGUUCAGAUCCUGGAAUGCGUUCAAAUGUUAUUUUGCUGCUGUGCUUGCCUCUUGACAUAACGUCAAUAUUAUACAUUCCUGUGGUCUGCUGCAAAGACACCUUGGAAGAGACAUCCGUCAACAGGAAGAGGUCAUAGAGAACAGGAAUCAAUGGCUGCUGUCUGAAAGACAGAGAAAGUGGUCUAAACCUCUUGAGUUAUGUUGCUGUGGUUCCGGUACUCUCUAUGUCAUCACAUUACCGGUCUGUCUGCAAAGAUUCAACACACACUGUCUGUCUGUGAGGACGGAUUCAACUACAACUGCUAUAGAAUAUGGACCAAUGCAUGUGGUACUUUACAAUCACACAAAGGCCAUUUAGAAAACCAUUGAUUAUAUGUACAACUGCACUGAGAAAGACUGAUUCAUGAUCUCAUUCAUUAUUGAAUGACCAGGGAGGGAAAGUCUGUUUGGCAGUGGGUCUAACAUGUGGUCAGUAUACCACAUACCUACCAGUCACCCCAGCUAGCACAGAAUGUUCCUGUAACAUCCCCUAAAAAGGUUCUCCGUUCGUUUUUUUAGAAUUUUCCCACAACAUUCUGGAAACCAAACUUCAUUUGCUGGGAUGUGUCAUUCUCUGAACUUGAAAGUGCUUUCUAUCCUCGGUCUCUGACAGGACACACCAGGAGUCAAGAUGUGAAACCGUGGCUCCUACGACCGGUGUGUAACCUCUUCUGCUUUUGGUCGAAGAAGUACAAGAAGAUGUGCUGGUGUGGCGUCAACCAUGAGUUAAAACAGGUGAAAGAGACACACGACAGACACGCUAACUUUUAUUAUAUAACAUAGCAUAACCAGCAUGACAAGGACCUUGUCAGCCAAUCAACAUUAGGACCAUACAUGUAGCAUCUGGUCCUAGAAAAAAGUGGUAAUAUAAAUCAAAUCUCAUUUUAUUUGUCACAUGAGCCGAAUACAACAGGUGUAGACCUUACCGUGUAAUGCUUACUUACUUACAAGCCCUUAACCAACAAUGCAGUUUUAAGAAAGAUAUUUACUAAAUAAACUACAGUAAAAAUAUUAAUACAUAAAGUAACACAAUAAAAUAACAAUAACGAGGCUAUAUACAUGGGGUACCGGUACAGAGUUAAUGUGUGGAGGUACAGGUUAGUCGUGGUAAUAUGCACAUGUAGGUAGGGGUAAAGUGACUAUGCAUAGAUAAUAAACAGUGAGUAGCAAAUAGUCCGGGUAGCCAUUUGAUUAACUGUUCAGGAGUCUUAUGGCUUGGGGGUAGAAGCUGAUAAGGAGCCUGUUGGACCUAGACUUGACGCUCCGGCACUGCUUGCCAUGCUGUAGCAGAGAGAACAGUUUAUAACAAGGGUGGCUGGAGUCUUUGACCAUUUUUUGGGCCUUCCUCUGACACCGCCUGGUAUAGUGGUCCUGGAUGGCAGGAAGCUUGGCCCCAGUGAUGUACUGGGCCGUACGCACUACCCUCUGUAGUGCCUUGCGGUCGGAGGCCGAGCAGUUGCCAUACCAGGCGGUGAUGUAACCAGUCAGGAUGCUCUCGAUGGUGCAGCUGUAUAACAAGGAUCUGAGGACCCAUGCCAAAUCUUUUCAAUCUCCUGAGGGGGAAUAGGCGUUGUCAUGCCCUCUUCACGACAGUCUUGGUGUGUUUGGACCAUGAACUUGAAGCUCUCGACCUGCUCCAAUACAGCUCCGUCGAUGUGAAUGAGGGCGUGCUCGGCCAUCCUUUUCCCGUAGUCCACAAUCAUCUCCUUUGUCUUGGUCACGUUGAGGGAUAGGUUGUUGUCCUGGCACCACACUGCCAGGUCUCUGAUCGCCUCCCUAUAGGCUGUCACAUCAUUGUCUGUGAACAGGCCUACCACCGUUGUGUUGUCGGCAAACUUAAUGAUGGUGUUGGAGUCGUGCUUGGCCACCAGUCGUGGGUGAACAGGGAGUACAGCAGGGGACUAAGCACGCACCCCUGAGGGGCCCCCGUGUUGAGGAUCAGCAUGGCAGAUAUGUUGUUGCCUACCCUUACCACCUGGGGGCGGCCCGUCAGGAAGUCCAGGAUCCAGUUGCAGAGGGAGGUGUUUAGUUCCAGGGUCCUUAGCUUAGUGAUGAGCUUUGAGGGCACUAUUGUGUUGAACGCUGAGCUGUAGUCAAUGAAAAGCAUUCUCACGUAGGUGUUCUUUUUGUCCAGGUGGGAAAGGGCAGCGUGGAGUGCAAUAGAGAUUGCGUCAUCUGUGGAUCUGUUGGGGAGGUAUGCGAAUUGUAGUGGGUCCAGAGUUUCUGGGAUGAUGGUGGUGAUGUGAGCCAUGAUCAGCCUUUCAAAGCCCUUCAUGGCUACAGACGUGAGUGCUACGGGCGGUAGUCAUUUAGGCAGGUUACCUUGGUGUUCUUGGGCUCAGGGUCUAUGAUGGUCUGCUUGAAACAUGUUGGUAUUACAGACUCGGUCAGGGACAGGUUGAAAAUGUCAGUGAAGACACUUGCUAGUUGGUCAGCGCAUGCUCUGAGUACGUGUCCUGGUAAUCCGUCUGGCCCUGCGGCCUUGUGAAUGUUGACCUGUUUAAAGGUCUUACUCACAUCGGCUACGGAGAGCGUUAUCACACAGUCGUCCGGAACAGCUGGUGCUCUCAUGCAUGCUUCAGUGUUUCUUGCCUCGAAGCGCGCAUAGAAUUCAUUUAGCUCGUCUGGUAGGCUCGUGUCACUGGGCAGCUCGCGGCUGGGCUUCCCUUUGUAGUCCGUAAUAGUUUGUAAGCCGCAUCCGACGUGAGUCAGAGCCGGUGUAGUAGGAUUCAAUCUUAGUCCUGUAUUGACGCUUCCCUGUUUGAUGGUUCGUCAGAGGGCAUAGCGGCAUAGCUGUAAUUAGCAGUACUACACAGGUAUAAGAGCAACUCAAUGUUAAGUCUCACCAAUAAAGUGCGUACAUGUCUGUACAUGUGUUCAGCCUGGGUCUAGUAUGACAUAUCAGUAUCUCUUUCUCUUGUCUACUAGGACAUGGAGGACCCAGACACAGACACUGUUAAAGAUGAAGGUCCCUUCGUCAAGGAAGAUACCGGCAGAAAUGGGACGAAGAGGAAAGUACAGCCUGCCCAAAACUGCUAUAACCUGCAAGAGAAAGUAUAUGACAACGCCGGCUUUACCGAAGACACACAGCCUUUUUAAAAGCCAUAGAAAUAGAAUUACUAGCCAGUGGAAUAAUACUGUAUUAUCAUACUACUGUAGUAUAAUACUACUGAAAUAUAAUAAUGACUGUAAUUCUAUGUGUAAUGUUAAAAGCAUUACGUUUAGUCUCUGAAAGGUAAUAAACUGCUUAGAUGAUUGGUGACUACAUGAUAAAAGCAGCUACACCCACUCUCUCCUCCAACUCUCUCCU